AUGGAAGCUCAGCAAAAUCAAAAAGUUGUUAUUCUCAGGAAUCCUUCUAAAAAGUUUGUUUCAGCGAACUAUGCGGCUUUCAGGAACAAAAUUGAUCAAAGGCGCAAAAAUGUAUCCAAAUAUUAUCCAAUCAUCGAGAAAAUAUUAUUUUCGUCCCCUUACAUUAAGAAGUUUGGUGAUUUGGUUAAAAUGGCCUGCUAUAUAGCUCAGAAGGAAAAGCUACAUGUUGAUCGAGAUUCCAAACGAGGGAAAGAAGCAAUCAUUUGUUGGUAUUGCGAAAAUUGGAAUAAGGUUUGUCCCUUGCUUUCGGAAAGCCUCAAAGAAGUUAUUUUGCCAAAAUAUCAGUUAUUUGAAAUUCCUUCGGAAUCCAUUGUACCAAAUGAGUUUUCCUUCAUUAUGGAUCCACUUUUAGAUUUUUCAGCCGAGUCCAUGCCAGAUUUAGUAGACAAUUCUUUUCUUACUUUGGGUAUUGACCAAUGA